AUGGCUGAUACCGGCGCGGCAAACGGCCACUCCAAAGCCGCCAACGGCAACGCUGGAGAUUCUCUGGCACCCUACCGUUCGCUCUUCUCCCAUCUCUUCUCCUGGGAAAAUCCUCGUGACUCGGCCAUCGCCUAUACCUCCGUCGUUGCUAGCAUCGUCGCCGUCCGAUAUCUCAACCUCGUUAACUGGGCCCUCGGACUGUCAUGGAUGGUCCUGGCGACCACCGUUGCUGCCGAGGUUGCAGGCAAAGCAGUCCUUAAUAACGGCCUGGCUUCUCAGCUUCGCCCUCGCGAGUACUACACGCUGCCUCGCCAAACAUUUGACAGGCUAGUCAGCGAGGCCCACGGACUCAUCAACUUCUUCCUGGUUGAAGCUCAGCGCAUUGUUUUCGUUGAGAAUGUCUACGCCUCGUCUGCUGCCUUCGCCGUUACCCUCCUUUCCAGCCUCCUUAUCAAGGUGCUUCCCUACUGGGUCCUUGCCAUCGUUGCGACCACCAUCGCCUUCUUCGCCCCGUUGAUCUAUUCCCGAAACCAGGAGUUUAUCGACGAGCAGCUCAGGUCGGCUGCCGACGUCAUCGGCGCCCAGACUGCCCAAGUUCGAGAUGCUGCUCAGAAGCAGGCCGAUCACCUCGCCUCCGUGUCGAAGCAGUAUGCUGGGGACUACACUGAGAAGGUCCAUGAGAUUCUGCGCACCCGCAGCCUGUCUCCCUCGGCCGCUAAGAAGUCGCCUGUCGAGUUCCCCUCCCCUCCUACCGAGGAGCCCAAGGCCGCCGAAGAGCCUGCCCCUCAGGAGCCUAUCAUCGCUUAGAUGAGCUCGUUGACAUGUG